AUGAAAAGGCUGGAGAAAGUGGGUGCUCAGGCUUCUGUUAUCUUGUCCGCAAUGGAUUCAAAAGUUAGCCAUUCAGUGGUAUCGGAGAGCAACAAAGAUGCUAUUGACCUUGCCAUCCACUGUGACCCCGACGCGCCUCCUUUUGCUAUUCUUCUUUUCAGUAAAAUUCUGGCAAUCUCCGGUAUCUCUGUUUCGGUUCGAUUCUAUCGUCACUGUUCUCUGUCUGUCUCUCCGAAUAAAUUGACCGAGAUUGAGCGCUACUUCUCAACACCAAGCCGAAUAUCUUCGGCCAAAUUCAUCCUCUCUGUUAUUUGGAAACCUCUUCCUUUUGGCUGCAAAGGCAUUUCUAAUCCCUUUACACAGUUGCCUAUCUAUGGCCAAGCAGUAAUUCUGAUGCUUUUGGCCCGGAUGGAUUUGCAUGGAAGCAGUGCCUUCGAACUCCUCUCGCAUCUUGAGUUCAGCGUAACUAACGGCACGGAAAACCAGCGCAAGGAAUAUUUGAAGAAGUUUGUAUUAGCAGCCAAAGACGGCUUAUCCCUUCUCGAUGUCGCACUCUUCACUUAUUCGAUACAGUCCAGGUUAACAGGAAUGUUGCAAAAGGAAAUCAAACCUUGGUUUAACAAAUGCAUGGCUAUUAAACAGUUUAGUGAAACCAAAAGCUUGAUCGAAUCUUGCCUGUAG